AUGCCAAUAACAGCGCUAGCCCUGGCAGAGAUUGCCGCCGCCAUGCCACUCCGCAGGGAAAGUGAUUCCCAGAACCAGAGAGCGCUCGAGAUAUCGCCCAAGGAAAGUGUUGUAGGAUGGAUCGUGUCCGGCGCGGUGGUCUUCGGUGUCAUACUCAUCGGCUUUGCCAUCAUUUACUGUCUCGGGCUACCUAUCUGCUGCCCCACGGAGGCUCCAGAGGAUACGAACAGCAUGACAGGUAUCAAUGAAGGCCAAACGCGGACGGAUGUUCUCCAAUUGUGUGCGAUCGCCAAUUCAGAAGAUGCUCCCGCCCCUCCGUAUGACCCGAACUCUCCGCCCGAAUAUGAGCUCAGCAUGAUCACGGAGAUGGAUAUCACUGAGGCCGGGGACGGCUCCUCGCACCAAGGGAACGGAAAUCAAGGACGUCGCAGUCGUUCUCCGUCUAUCGCCCUGCCUGGUCUGCAGGGCAGGGAUGCCCCUGAAUACGGCAUCCAGCGAUGGGACUCUAUCGGCCGGUAUACUUGUAAUAAGCCCAUAGCAGCCUUCACCCCGCAGAAUCCCGCCGACUACUUCAAGGUCUGGGAGUUCAUGGUCUAA